AUGAAUUCACCUGAGCCAUUUGGGGACAAGAUCUUCAUCUGCUGCGGAGAUUUCCGUCAGAUCGCACCAGUUGUUGCCAAGGCUCGUACUCCGGCCGACAUUGCCUGUGUAUCACUGUGUGUGUCAUCUCUGUGGUCAAGUUUCAAAAUCUUUUCCCUGUCCACCCCUCACAGAACUUCUGGCUCCACUGCGUACUCUGAGUUUCUCCUUAUAGUAGGCAAUGGAACAAUUGGAUCUGUUGAUUUUGAAGAAGGCCGUGGCUGCUCAAGUCUGAUUCCGUUGUGCGGUAUUAGAUAUGUGACAUCACUUCACGAUUUAAUUGACUUUGUAUUUCUUGUUUGUGACCUGAACCAUACAGUUAGAAUUGCAGGCCAGGCUAUUCUUUCAACCAGAAACGCCAAUGUCCAGCAGAUCAACAACACCGUUCUCAAUCUGACGGACGGCUUGGUUCAUGAGUUGAGAAGUGCUGAUUCUCUGGACAAGGAGUACGACGACGGUAUGGAUGUGGACGUUCACUUGUUGAACCAGGCUACUGGCAAGGGCGUGCCAGACCAUGUCCUGGGACUAAAGAUUGGCUCCGUGUGUCUCGUCAUGAGGAACCUGAACAUUGACAGCGGACUCAUAAACGGCAUUAAAGUGAUCGUGACCGCUAUUAGACCUCGUCUGAUCACAGUGGGACUUCCUCGACAACGUGAUUCGAUUUGUAUUCCCCGGAUUCAAUUCGUUUUCCCGUUUGUCGAGGGGUCUCCGCUUCGUGUCCGCCGUCUUCAGUUUCCUCUCAUGCUGGCAUAUUCCAUGACUGGCCACAAAAGCCAGGGCGAGACGAUUGAUCGUGUCGGAGUCGAUCUUCGCAGUGACUGUUUCACGCAUGGUCAGCUGUACGUCCUUCUCAGUAGAGUCAGACAUCCUGACGACAUCGUUGUUCUGGUCCAUCCAGGCCCGUUUUUGACCCUCCCCAACAGCAAGUCUGAGGGUAGUCUGGGGCAUGAACUCUGUUCUCCUCCCCAAACACAAAGUAUUGACCCUCAUGGCCUUUCCACUUGUAUCUUACAUGAGUGA